CCUACAUCUACAAUAUACCAAGAAGAUGGACUUGGUAAAAGUAAAAAGCAAAAACAGAAAAAGUGCCUAACGCCCUCGAGUUAAGAACUUAAGAUCGCUUGAUCAGAGAAUUGCAAUUUCUCGAUUCUCUUCACCAAAAACUCACGACGAAAAUCUGGUUUCAGAUACUAUCGAUACUUCCAAAAGGCCUAUAACCACCCCGGUUCUAUCCUCCUUUCCUUUGCAAAACCACCCGGUUUAAUACGAACCGCCAUAUCCAUUUCCUCUAUAAAUAAGAUCACUCCAUUCUCCCAUUCAACUCACUGAGCUAAUAUAUCUACUCUAAAAAGAAAAGAAGAACAAUCUCUUUGUGUUCUCAUCAAAGCUUUCUUAAGAACAAUCACUUUCUUCUCCUAAGAAUUUCAUCAACAAGAUGAGCUACUUUAGCAGAGCUUGGUUGGCCGCCAGCGUCGCUGUUGUAAACAGCCACUCCGAUCAGGGGUUGAACAAACUGAAAUCCGCCCAAAGGGGUCUCCAGAACAGCAAAAAACGGUUCUUUGCCGCUUCCGGCGAGGGUGCCGAUUUCCGGCCACUCGCCGGCGUGCUGGGAUCCGAUGUGGAAGGUGGAUCUUACGUUAGCAGAGGUGGAGAUGAUCAGAGGAAUAUUAAACGAACCGACGAGUCUCUCCGGCAAGUUAUGUACCUGAGCUGCUGGGGCCCGAGCUAAGAAUCCCUCCGGCGAAGGUUGAUCAUCGAAGUGUUUGAAAGUCUUAUGGGGUACCUGUAAACGGCCGGCAUGUUGUUUUGUCAUGCCGGGCCGGCGGCGAAAAUUUUCCGGCAAGGGAGAAACAACUGUCGGGUGAGCAUACUGCCGGAGGACUGUGCUAGGGUUUCGAAGGAAGAGAAGAGAGACGGUUGACUCGGCGAUGACAUAGAUCGGGAAAAAUGACUCCGGUGAUGGGUCAACCGGUAAUUAAGCACUCGGGCUAAAACUGUACUAUGUAGCCAAUUUAGAUUUUUGGAGAUGUAAAUGUACAUAUGUUGAUACAAAAUAAAUGAAUGAGAAAAUGACUUUGAUAUCCUAAUUUCUUGUGUUUGUUAAAAAUAUCUCUGGAUGAACGAUUUAAUCAUGAAUAGCUCUGAUUUCGUUCCUUUUGCUUUUGUUUUUGGGAUACUAUCUUAGAAGGUAAGAUCUGGUUUGAGUUUUGUUGCAGCUAAUCAAUAACUCUUGCAAAAGGACCUAGUGUUUCACGAAUGAUUGUCUUUUCCAACUCCCCAAUUGAUCAUUUCGUUUUGCACUGAAAUAUUGAAUUUGGGCCAAAAAAGAUGGAAAAACAGUUUCAAUCCAAGGAUCAGUGAUGAAUGAUCAUCCACUUCUUCCUUAAGGAUUCGCCUUCAAUUCGUGUUAUGAUUAGACCUUACAAUAGAUGAGCGAUCAAUAUAGUUGGAUUAGAGUUGCAUCUCGGAUUGACGGGAUUUAGUACUACAAAGUCUGUAACAUAUCCAUAUAGCUAGCAGUUUUAAGGUGAUCUUUAAAUUCUGGGUACAGAUGUUGGGAUCAUGAAUUUGUACAGUAGCCGAUCGAUUUGGUUAAAGAAUCAUGAAUUAUGCUUCGAUCCAAUUGUCUCGGGGAUACUUAGCGGGGCCAAUGUAUGUGGAUAGUGGACGAAUGACUUCUAUUAUUAGUGAC